AAUAGGAGUAUGUAGACCUCAAUACGAAGUUCGAAAGGUCCACGAUCUGACAAACGAUUAUAAUACAUAUAAAGCGCUAGUGUCAUUAUCAAAUGUUCAUUUAGUUACGGUGUCUAAUGUGAUCAGUGUAAAUGAUACUAGAAUACCUCCUAUUUUUCAAGGACUUGUUAUUUAUUUACCUCUUAGUUCGACCAAAAGUGGAUAUUUCUGUAGAACCUGAUCGCAUCAAAGAAGGAAAAAGUGUGAACUUGACGUGUAAAGUUGAAGCGGGUCGGCCUGAACCUCAGAUCACCUGGCUCAAGAAUACUACAUUGAAAGGAAACAGUUUGUCUCUCUUCUUUACUGAGAUAACAAAGGAGGACGAAGGGUUGUACACUUGUAGGGCAAACAAUGAAGCAGGCGUUUCCACCAAAGACGUUAACAUUUCUGUAAAGGUUCCACCCCGUAUUAAAGAGUUCAGAAAUCUCACCAUUGCAUUUAACUCCCCAUUUAAAGAAGAGUGCUAUUUGGGAGGUGAUCCAAAAGUAUCUGUCAACUGGACCAAAGAUGCAGUGCUAAUUAGUAAAAACAACACCCUGGUUAUUAGACAAGUGACGCUUAAAUAUAAAGGCAAUUAUGAAUGUACUGCUAAAAAUGAUUAUGGUAAAGAAAAAUCUUCCUUCUGGAUCGAUGUGACUGUAUCUUCUACCAAUUUUUGUCCUGACCAAGAGCAGGCAAUUCAGAUGGAGCCAUUGAAUGCAGAGGUAGAUGAGUGGGAGGUUGCGGUUAACCGUGUCCUGCUACAAGACGUCAUUGGACGAGGGGCGUUCGGAGCCGUGUGGAGAGCUCUCCUGAGUUCACCAAAUGGACAACCUGGAAAUCGGACGGUGGCCGCUAAGUGUUUCACGCGUAAGCCUCCUUCAAUUUGUUCUAUUGAUACAUAUGUUGAUCUCAGGGCUAUGGCUCUUCCUGACCAAGAGGAGGCAAUUCAGAUGGAGCCAUUGAAUGCAGAGGUAGAUGAGUGGGAGGUUGCGGUGAACCGUGUCCUGCUACAAGACGUCAUUGGACGAGGGGCGUUUGGAGCCGUGUGGAGAGCUCUCCUGAGUUCACCAAAUGGACAACCUGGAAAUCGGACGGUGGCCGCUAAAUGUUUCACGC